AUGUGCGCCCCCAGGUCCUGGAGGCGGGCGGGAGCACCCUGGCUUCUCUUGCUGCAGCUGCUCCUGGCUUCUCCAGGGACGCCAGCAGAACUGUACUGUUCUUUGCCCAGUCCUAGAAAUGUCCAUUUUGAAUCUAAAAACCUGAAGAAUAUCCUGCACUGGUCACCACCAGAAGAACUAGGAGAGGGAGUACUCUAUAAGGUGAAGUAUUUGAUAUACGGCAUAGGUAAAUGGAUUAAAAAGUCAGAAUGCAAGAACAUCAGUAGAACACGGUGUGACCUCUCCAAUGAAACCUAUAACCACGAAGACCAAUACUAUGCAAGUGUAAAAGCCUUUUUCAGUGGCAACUGUUCCAGAUGGACAGAAACUGCACGGUUCAAUCCUCUCACUGAUACUAAAAUUGAUCCACCAGCAGUUACUGUGUCUUCCACUGAAAAAUCCAUAUCAAUAGUUCUGACUGCUCCUGAGAAAUGGAAAAGAACCCCUGAAGAGGAAUCUAUAUCUUUGUAUCAAGUCUACUCUGGCCUGCAAUAUAAUGUGUCUGUACUCAACAAAAAAACAAAGAAAAGGUGGGUCUUCUCUGUUAAAAACAAUACACUGGUUGUGCCCCGGUUGGAAUCCAAUACAGUUUACUGUGUCAAUGUACAGACAUAUGUUACAACACCACUUUUGCUCAGUGGAUUUUCCAAAGAACAUUGCAUUGCUACUCUGAAAGACCCAACAGUAGAGCAGACUAUAACAAUCGUAUUUGGAUGUAUUCUGCCCAUCAUCUUAACAGGCCUCAUUAUCUCUAUGGCAGGCUAUUAUGUGCACAGGUAUAUUCAUGUCAGCAAGCAAAAGCAUCCGGCUAACCUGGUAUUGCACUACACCGAUAAAUGUGAUGAAAGGGUUUUUAUCCCUUCUGAAAAAAUAGUGGUUAACUUCAUCACUAUUAAUAUGAUGGGUGAGUACAAGACUUCCCAGGAAACCGUUAAUUUAAUAGGCAGGACCAGCCACAGUUGCAGUUCCAUUCAUGACGAAAGCAGAGUCAAUGAUAAGCCUCUGAAAAGAGCACUGGAAGUGAAACACAUGGUUGAUACUUCUGAAGAUGUGAAAAUUUUACCUGACUCUGAGCGCUAUGGGAUAUGCCAACAUGGAUUCCACUCUGCUUUGGGUCAAAGAAAUGAAGGGGUUGUAGAGUAUGAACUUGAUGUGAGGCCUGCAGACCUUUUUCCUGUGCAAAAGCUAAAAGAAUGUGGUUUGGCAGAGAAGUCUUCUGCACCAAGAAAACUGCUAGAUGAGCCACAGAUCACUUUGAGGGAUUUCGCUGACAAUAAAAUGGGACAGUCAUACUGUCCCCAGCUUGAUGUGCAGGUUACAGACAUGUGUUCGGUGCAGAAACUAAAAGAACUCAAUUGGAAGGAGGAGGCUGCUGCACCAGAGGAACUACUGGAUGAUCCACAGCUUGAUUUGGGUACUGAAAAAAUAGGACAGUCUUACUGUCCCCAGUUAAGAACAAUAACACAGAGCCUCCAAGACCAAACUGGGACAAUGGAGGUAGAAGAGGAGGAUGAACAGACCAUAUUAGUAGAUUGGGAUCCUCAUACUGGAAGACUUUAUAUACCUACUUUGUCCAGUUUUGAGAGUGAUGCACAUGAAGAAGUAUUUGAGCAUGAAGUGUGUGAUCAGCCUGCUAAAGAGGGGCUUUUGUCCAAACUCUAUAAGAGGCAGGCGUCUGAUGAGCCAUCAGUAGACCAAGAACCGUAUCUCCUGCAAUUCAAGGAGCAAUGGGGAUUGCAUGUAAAAAUGGAAGACUGA